UACAAGGGGCAAAGCCAUUUGUGAGAGCUACUGUAUUAUCAGACAGCAGUGCCUCUAGCCAUUGUAGUGGGAGCAAAGAGUUUACUGAAAGAAAUGGGUGAGACUGAAGAAUUUAGUGUGAGGAAACAUUAGUUUUGCUUAGUCCCCCUUCUCUACGGACUUUUUCCUGAUAUUCUUUGUAUUCCAGCAAAGCCUGUCUAAGACUUUCUGAGCUCACAGCUACAUUGCUCCUCACCCCUGUUUGUUGCUAGAAAAUUAUUGUUGUUCAUCCGCAUGGCUUCCCUUCAGAAUAUUCCAUCAUGCUACUUUUAAGAUGCUGGAAGACUCUCAACAAAAUGUGUGGAAUGUAUGGCAAGUUAGUGAUUCAGAAGGCAAAAACAGACUUGGCAUUCACUUCUUGGGAGACAAAAAAAUCUCUGGAUUUCUUUCAUGCCACUCCAUCUAAAACACUCAUGUUCAGGACAUUCAGUGAUGUGGGCAAGGCCUUUGAUGGAUCUUGGCAUAAGUUAGCAUUAAGUGUGAAAGGCAAUGAUGCAAAAUUAUUGAUUGAUUGUCAGGAGGUCAGUGCAGUUCCAGGAAAUGAACAGAGAGAUGUUUCCCGAAAUGAAUACACUUGGCUGGUAAAAAGAUCAGUUUAUGAAUCUCCUGUUUUGGUAGAUUUACAACAAUUUGAAAUGCACUGUAAUGCAGAUAAAGCUCAUUCAGAAGGAUGCUGUGAGCUUUUGGAUAUUGGGCAAAAAGGAGAGAAUGGAGAACAAGGAAAGUCUAAUAGUGUUGGAAAACUGGGAAUACGUGGAGAUCCUGGAUUACCUGGGAGAGAGGGGGAUCCAGGGAUAGAGGCUUGUCAAGGAUCUCAAGGGCCAGAGGGUGGUCAAGGCACUUUGGGUUUAAAGGUAGAGAGAAGCAAGUCCUGA